AUGUCUUCCUCCUCUGCCCGCCUGCAAUUCAUCCUCGAGCUGCCUGCCGCCGACCGUACGGGCUCCCAAGCCCAAGACCAAGCCACCGCAACCCCAGCAGCAACGACAGCAGCACUAGCACCAGCACCAGCACCUACCCCCGCCCUCCCAGACCUCAGCCUCUGGGCCAAAAUCGACAUCCUGCAUGGCCAGCUGCUGCCCCGAGUCGUCCGCCACGCCACGGCCGCCAUCGCCGCGCACGACGAGCGCAUGGAGCUGCUGAGCCGAGCCGAGGCGACAAUGCCAGCGACAAUGACAGUAAACCCGGUGCGUGAAGAAGCGCUGGUGGAGAUGGCGCGGGGGGAGUUGGAGACGUUUUGGCGGAGGUUGGAGGCGGUUCGUGCCGAAGGAGACGAGGAGGAGGCGAGGACGAAAGGAAAGUUUGAGGAGCUGAAGGCGUUGGGGCUGGCGUUGGCGGCGGAGGAGAAGGUUUGGGGAGAGCGGAAGAGUUUGGUGGUGGAGUGGAUGGAUGGGUGGGAAGAUGAGAUGGAGAAGCGGGUUGAGGGAGAGGAGGAUGGAGACGAGAGUCAUCAGGAGGAGGACGAAGAUGAUGGCGACGAUGAGGUGUACUUCUUCGCCGGGGAGUGA